UUAUUUUCUUGUUUGGUAGAAAGUCCUUCGCAUGCUUAAUGACUUAUCAAGGCAUUCCAAAAAUAUGGCGGCACACUGUGCUUGACACAAACAUUUCUUUUGAACAAAAUCCUGCUGACAUCCUGGACAUGUAAACUUUGCCUGUUCGAGGGCAAAGUGGAGAAUGAUGGCAGAAAAUGGUUGGGACAUGUCAGAUUUUCUUGAACGCUACACAACUAAAUCUUCCAGUCAAUACAUUAGUCCAAUAAGACAUCAUGACGACUUACUAAAUGGUUCGUUGGAAAAAUCACCUGCACAAAUUGAUCAUCUACAGCAAGACGUUUUUUGUUCACCUGAAAAUCUGCAAGACCGACUGCAUUUCUUAAAUCAGGAACUGUGUGUUCUGGGCUUCACGCCAUUAUUUACAAAGACUCAUACAUCCAAAUUUCACAAAGAUAAAAAUGAAAACUUUGACAUUACAAGACUAGUGAACUGUACAUAUGAACUAUUAAAGCGACAACAUCAUCAAGCAAAAGCAAAAGAUGACCUAGAAGAAAGACAAAUAAGGUCUGAAAAUGAUAAUGAGUAUUUGGUGCAAAAUCAAGUGAGACUAAAGCAAGACUUAGAAAAUCUUAAAAGGGAAGCAGCUUUAUUGUUAUGUCGCGAGAAAGAUCAAAUUGAAAAAUGUCGAAUACUGCAACAGGAAUUAAAAAGUGAACGUGAAGAGAAACGCAAAAUGAAAAGUGAUGUUGACCAUCUGAAAAAACAAUUUUAUCACGAAUCAAAGCGAACUGAAAAAGAAAUGACACGUCUGAAAGAAAAAGUUCAUCAAGCACUCAACGAUAAAAGUCAAGACAGAAAAAUUGGAAUAGAUAUUUUAAAUUCAUUGCAACGAGUAGAUGGUAAAAGAAGCACUUGGAAAACUGCUGGUAAAAAAAAUGAAGAAGAAAUGUACAAACUGUUAAUAUCAAAUUAUGAAGAAAAAGAAAAGGGACUUUUAACAGAAAAUCUUUCUAUGAGAGAAAUGUUAGUUGAACUGCAAAAUAUGCUGAUGUCAGUUGAUUCGUCCAUUACAUCGGAGAUAGUGGAUGAAGAUACAAGACAAUAUCAAAUGCCAUUUCACAUUGUGAAAGAUGAUGUUGAAACAAAAUUGAAAUCAUUGGUAAUGACUUUAAAAGAGAAAAUUGAUUCCAAGCAGUUUACAAAAUCAGGUUCGAUGUCCACACCGAUUAAAGCUUCAGAUGAGGAUUCCUUCACAUUGAAACAAAACAAUGAAGAACUGGUCACUAAACUCAACCAGUGUAAAACUGUUAUAAAAGGUCAAGAAAAAAUUAUACAGAGUAUGAAAGAUGGUUAUUCUAUUGAAGCUUUUGAGAAAUUGUUAACGACGUUCGGAGAUGAAGAAGAACACAGAUCACAAGAACAGCGCGAAAAACUUUUUAGAGAAGAACAAAAAAAAUUCAACGAAGAAAGAAAACAGUUCACUGAAUUUGUUCUAAAAAUGUCAAAAGAGAAAGAAGAAUUCGAAAAAGAACGAGUGGAAUUUUUCAUGCACUGUUUAUCAACACCUGUCUUGAAGAAAGAUAAGAGAUUGCAUAGCAGAUCUUCUCAUCAUCACCAUCCCCGUGACUCCAGUGGUGGACAUCAAUCCAGUAACUUCCAUACGGUCACUCCGACUUUUAGUCCGGCACCUCGCUCAAGUACUAGUAAAAUGAAAACACCGUCGACAGCCGAUUUAUACAAAGUUAUGUCGCUAACAUAUGAUAGUGGUAUAGCAAGAACGACGAACAGGUCAUCGUCAUUCGAUGGUUCUUUCGUCCAAUCAGAUAAAGUAGAUGAAAAAAAUUCUCCUUCAUCGCGUAAAUUACAGGAACAUGCAGAUAAUAUACGUAAAGCUGUAGAAGAGAGACACAACAAAAGCGUUGAGGAGGAGCGAAGGAGAAGUCUCGAUUCUUCCAUUUAAGAAUUGGACAUUCAUUCAUUUUCAUCUGGGAGAUGGUGACUUCACACUCCAUCCUAGAAGUGAAUAUAAGAAUGGAAUGGAAUAUAUAUAACAAUACAAAGUAAAUUAAGAAAUAGCAAUAUGAAGAAGUGCACAAAAAUAUUACUCCUUUUUUUAUUGCUGCUCGAUCCCAGAAAUUCCACUUAUUGUGACGACAACAUUUUACUGUCUGGACCGCAGACAAUUUUCGCAGGAUUUGGUGUUAGCAAUAACGUAUUAUAAAAUCUGUAAUUUAUAAACACCGUAAUUUUUAGUUUAGUUAAAUAGUUAACUUAUGCUGUAAAAAAAUAUUUAGUAAGUGUGGCCAUGUUUUCUUUAAGAAACAUGUCUCCGCACAAGAGGGAAUUUAUAUAAUCAGUUUUGUAAGGAUGUCUUUAUACAAUGAUAUUACCUGAGCAAUUGGAGGCUUUCAGCAUCGUCAUACUUUUUCUUAUUUAACUGUAUCUGCUUAAGAUUUGUUGUGUUUUCCGUACCAUCACAAUAAUAUCUUUUUCAGAAAUGAGAACUGACUGAUUUCUUUGAUUUAAGAAGCAUUGGUAUAGAAAUAUUUUUAGCACAACUUAGUACAACUUCACAACUUAGUACUACUUAGCGGAAGGGCUGACUUAGUAUAUAUGUUUUAAGUUUCGUUUGUAGAUGUUGAAGAAAUGUAAAUAUAAAAUCGUAAA